AUGCCGAAGAUCCAGACGCACAGGAGGGAGAAACCGGAGAACGGGAUCUGCCACGACGACAGCGCGCCGCCGGUGAAGGCGAAGACCAUCGACGAACUGCACUCCCUGCAGAAGAAGAGGUCGGCGCCAACCACCCCCAUCAAGGACGGCGCGCAGCAGGGCAAUGCUGCCUUCGCCAGCAUCUUAGAGGAGGAGCGCCAGAAUGAUUCAUUGGAGUCGUUAACGAGGGAGACAGGGCCGAAGGUGGUGAGGGGCGAUUCGGCUAGGAAGGCGGAAGCGACCAAGGUCGCCGCCGAGCACCACCACUACUUGACGCCGACCAUCAGCGUCAGCGACAGCGCCCUGAAGUUUACCCAUGUCCUCUACAGCCUCUCCCCGCCCGAACUCUACGAGCAAGCCAUAAAACAUGAACAUGGAUCAUUCAUAACAUUGACCGGAGCCUUGGCUACCUUGUCCGGCACGAAGACUGGUCGUUCGCCGAGGGACAAGCGUGUCGUCAAGGAUGAAACCACUGCCAAUGAGCUUUGGUGGGGAAAGUAA